AUGGUGGACGUCUCGGUGUCGCCGAACGAUGCGCCGAUAUUUGUCAGGGAUCUCACCUCAAAAAGCCUAAAAUAUAUCGUCGCCAUCAAUGAUUUGGAUCAAGCCAUCCAAAACGAACGAUCCGUCUCGGCAUUUCAGCAUCCCGUUGAGGGAUUUUCUUACGAUAAAUACAAUUCCCUCUCCGAUAUCCACGACGAAUUGAAGCGCCUAAAGAAAGAGCACCCCGACCUGGUCACCCUAAUCGAUAUCGGCGCCUCACACGAAAACCGAACACUCCUCGUCAUCAAGAUCAAAGGCCGCCAGAACGUCAUCGGGGAGAAGCCGGCUUUCUGGAUUGAUGCUGGUAUCCACGCACGCGAAUGGAUCGCCCCAGCCACCGCCAUGUAUACUGUAAGGCAACUGGUCGAGGGAUACGAUACCGACCCACAGAUCCACACCCUGAUGGACUCGGUCGAUUUCUACAUUCUGCCGGUGAUGAAUCCCGAUGGAUACGAGUACUCCAGGCUUACGAAUCGUAUGUGGAGGAAGAACCGUCGGCCGGCCAGCUGUAAACGGAAUCAUUUCCACACGAUAUGCUGUGCCGGAGUGGAUUUGAAUCGGAAUUUCGAUUGGUUCUUUGGAUCCCGCGGUACCUCAAACGACCCUUGCCACGAGACAUAUCACGGCCCCAACGCUUUCUCAGAGCCCGAAUCGGCGGCUGUACGGGAUUUCCUGGAAGCGCACAAGCCAAAGGCCUUCAUCACCCUGCAUUCCUAUUCUCAAAUGUGGCUGAUUCCAUUCGGACAUCGCAAGAGAAGCUACCCACAGGAUUACAACACUGCCCUCCGUCCCCUGGCCCUCCGUGCGACAAAAGCCCUGUAUGAGCUGUAUGGUACAAAGUAUCAAGUCGGAACUGGGGCCGAUCUCAUGUACGAGGCCGCCGGUGGAUCGCACGAUUGGGCAAAGGGAAGCCUUAAGACCCCAUACGCGUACCUAAUCGAGCUGCGUCCAAAGAAUACAAUGUUCGGCAAUGGAUUCCUCCUGCCAGAACGAGAGAUCCCCUCGACAGGAUUGGAGACCUGGGAGGCAAUUCGAGUGGUUGCCGAUGAGAUUGUCGGCCAAUUUGUCCAACCGGCCAUCCGGAAUCGAGUCAUUGCCACCUCAUCAUCCACUACAGCGACCUUUACUUCCACUGCGGGGCCCUCCGUCUCGGCAGAGCGCCGCGGCUACAAAAUCGUCGAGACGACAGCCGUACCGCCAAGCCCCGCCCCCUCCACCCAGGCCACGCCCACAACUACCAUACUGCCGCAAACGGACAAGUGGACACGAUGGAGGCCGACGACGACGAUGAGAACGGCCGAGACUAGCAAAUCGGCAAAUACGCUAUUUCCCACCACAAACUACGGUAGCCAGUACGACCAGAAACGGGCCGACAUUUGCCACGCCGACGACGACGGCUGGGACCACAACCGCCAGGCUAGAACGGACGACAGCGACGGCAAGCAGUGCGACAACUACAGUAACCCCGCCCACAACGACAACCACUACGACUACAGUACCCCCAACGACUCAAGGGUACGCCUUCUCCGUGGCCGCGAGACGCCCACCUGGAAACUGGUGACGCCGAAGGUGAUUGGGCCCUCGAUUUCGGCGGAGGUUCGGGUCCCGAAGACGUCCACCACUUCACAGCCGGCCGUUGAAACCACGACAAAACUGUUGCAAUGCGUCGACUACGGCAGCUACUGCCAGCUGUGGGGAAUAUUGCAGCUGUGCGACAAGCGCUCCGUCCAGAAACUAUGCACAAAAACCUGUAACCCGAAAUGUCGUAUC